GGCGCGUCUCCUCUUUUCCCCUCCCAUCUCCCCAGAUCGGUGGACGUGCUCACCUCCGCUCCGGGCCAGGUCUAUGUCCCGGUUUCCCGCCGUCGCGGGCAGGGCGCCAAGGCGGCAGGAGGAGGGCGAGCGGUCAAUAGACCUUCAGGAAGAGCGGCCUUCGGCUGUUUCCAUCGCUGAUAGAGAAGAGAAAGGAUGCACAUCACAGGAGGGAGGAACUACUCCAACUUUUCCUAUUCAAAAACAAAGAAAAAAGCUUAUUCAAGCUGUGAGGGACAAUUCAUUCCUUAUUGUUACUGGAAAUACAGGAAGUGGUAAAACAACUCAACUCCCAAAAUAUCUGUAUGAAGCAGGGUUUUCACAACAUGGUAUGAUUGGUGUGACUCAACCACGAAAAGUAGCUGCUAUAUCAGUUGCUCAGAGGGUUGCUGAAGAAAUGAAAUGUGCUUUGGGAUCCAAAGUAGGGUACCAAGUUCGUUUCGAUGAUUGCAGCUCUAAGGAAACUGCAAUCAAAUAUAUGACUGAUGGAUGUUUACUGAAACAUAUUCUGGGAGAUCCAAAUCUUACCAAGUUCAGUGUCAUCAUUUUAGAUGAAGCCCAUGAGAGAACUCUAACUACAGACAUCUUAUUUGGUUUAUUGAAGAAGUUAUUUCAAGAGAAGUCUCCUAAUAGGAAGGAACAUUUGAAGGUCGUGGUGAUGUCAGCAACUAUGGAAUUAGCCAAGCUCUCAGCAUUCUUUGGAAAUUGUCCAAUAUUUGAUAUACCUGGAAGGCUUUAUCCAGUCAGAGAAAAAUUCUGCAAUUUGAUUGGCCCACGAGACAGAGAAAAUACUGCAUAUAUUCAAGCGAUUGUGAAAGUGACCAUGGAUAUCCAUUUGAAUGAAAUGGCUGGAGACAUCUUGGUUUUUCUAACUGGUCAGUUUGAAAUUGAAAAAAGUUGUGAGUUACUUUUUCAGAUGGCAGAGUCUGUUGAUUAUGAUUAUGAUGUUCAAGAUACAACUCUGGAUGGUUUGUUAAUAUUGCCAUGUUAUGGAUCUAUGACAACAGAUCAACAGAGAAGAAUAUUUUUGCCACCUCCACCUGGAAUUAGAAAAUGUGUCAUAUCCACCAAUAUUUCUGCAACAUCUUUGACAAUAGAUGGAAUCAGAUAUGUGGUAGAUGGUGGCUUUGUGAAGCAGUUAAAUCACAAUCCCAGAUUAGGGUUGGACAUCCUGGAGGUGGUUCCAAUUUCAAAGAGUGAGGCGUUACAGCGAAGUGGCCGAGCUGGCAGGACUUCCUCAGGAAAAUGCUUUCGGAUCUAUAGUAAAGAUUUUUGGAACCAGUGUAUGCCUGACCAUGUGAUCCCUGAGAUUAAGAGAACUAGUUUGACAUCUGUAGUUCUGACCUUAAAGUGCCUUGCCAUACACGAUGUUAUAAGGUUUCCCUAUUUGGAUCCACCUAAUGAGAGACUUAUUUUGGAAGCUCUUAAACAACUUUACCAGUGUGAUGCUAUUGACAGGAGUGGCCAUGUGACCAGAUUGGGUUUGUCUAUGGUGGAAUUUCCUCUCCCUCCACAUCUGACAUGUGCAGUAAUAAAGGCUGCUUCUCUGGAUUGUGAAGAUCUACUACUUCCAAUAGCAGCAAUGUUGUCUGUGGAAAAUGUCUUCAUUAGACCUGUUGAUCCAGAGUACCAGAAGGAAGCAGAACAAAGACAUAGAGAAUUGGCAGCUAAAGCUGGAGGAUUUAAUGACUUUGCAACUUUAGCUGUCAUCUUUGAACAGUGCAAAUCAAGUGGAGCUCCAGCUUCGUGGUGCCAAAAACAUUGGAUUCAUUGGAGAUGCUUAUUUUCUGCAUUUCGUGUUGAAGCUCAACUUCGGGAACUAAUCAGGAAGCUUAAACAGCAAAGUGAUUUUCCAAGAGAGACCUUUGAAGGCCCAAAACAUGAAGUACUACGAAGAUGUCUUUGUGCAGGCUAUUUCAAAAAUGUAGCUCGAAGAUCUGUUGGGAGAACGUUUUGCACAAUGGAUGGGCGUGGAAGCCCAGUUCACAUUCAUCCUUCCUCAGCACUUCAUGAACAAGAAACCAAACUUGAAUGGAUCAUUUUUCAUGAGGUAUUAGUUACCACCAAAGUCUACGCAAGAAUUGUGUGUCCAAUCCGUUAUGAAUGGGUGAGAGACUUGUUACCCAAGUUGCAUGAAUUUAAUGCACAUGAUUUGAGCAGUGUGGCCCGACGUGAAGUGAGAGAAGAUGCAAGGAGGAGAUGGACAAAUAAGGAAAAUGUAAAGCAUCUAAAGGAUGGAAUCUCAAAAGAAGUCCUAAAGAAAAUGCAAAGAAGAAAUGAUGAUAAAUCCAUAUCAGAUGCACGUGCUCGUUUCCUUGAGCGAAAACAGCAGAGGUCCCAGGAUCACAGUGACACACGGAAGGAAACAGGCUAAGUGGUGAACCUCCAAUUCAGGAAGUAGGAAAAGCAGCCAGGAAAUGUGCUUCUACUUUGCCAUUUAUAUCAGACAGCACUACCAAGAGGAAGUGGUCAGCAGCUGUUAUUAGCAUAUAAGCUAAAAGCAAAUCAAAGUUCAUCAGUACCAAUAAAUGGAAUUUUCAAAGAAAAGAUUGAGUUGCCAUUGUCCUAGGCAAUGAUAUAUGAAACCAAUGAAAGACAAUACAUGUAAUAUUUUCCUCACGUCAAUUUUGCUGGCCUUAACUGGUAUCAAAUGCUGUCAUUGAAAUAUUUUCAAAGAACACUGAAUUGUAUUUAAUCAGCGUGUAUUCCAUUUGCAUUUGAAGUAUUAAAAAUUAUUUUCCUUAAAUCUCUUUAAGGCCUUCUUGUUGCUAUUAGAAUAGUAUUAUAUCAGGUUAUCAGGUAUGUGACCAUUUCCUUCAGAAGGCUGAAUAUAAGAGGUUUUUACUCAGCAAUACUUAGAUGUCUAACUGUUUAAUUGCUACAGAGCUUUAUAGAUAUUUAGAGAAAAGACUUAAUCACUUAGUAAAUAAGAAAAUUGCCUAUGGCAAGUUUCUUUGUUGAAUUAAUAUUAAUCCUUAAAUUGAUUUUUCUGGGAUUAUACAGAUUCCUUUUUAUAUAAAAAUAUAUUGUUUAAGACAGUAGCUAUAGCCAUUAACCAAAGGACAGAUGAUAUAUAUAUGUUGUUUUUUUUUUUUUUUUUUUUUUUUUAGCUGUCCCUACAUACCUGUAUCAGCAUCAUGUAUGUAGGUGUGACAGUGUUUCAAACAGCCCCUCUACCCGGCCUACGCUCUUGGCUCCAGCUGCUUGGGUAGGACCAAUUAAACAUCUGUUACGCUCAUCUUGAAAUGGGAUUUCUUCAAAGCAGCCAACACUACAUCACCAGUGUUUCAAAUUGGAACCUUGAGGCUAGUUAGUAUAACACUCAGGCCACACUCAGCACUUGCCCACUCUGUGUUUACUGCCUUGUAUUCUAGUUAUUUGUGUAUCUGUCUGUCUCCCCCACUAGAUUAUACGCUCCUUGUGGGCAGGGACUAUGUCUUUUUCAUCUUUGUAUCUUUUAUGGCACCUAGCACAGUGCUUUGCACAUAGUAGUCAUCAAUGUUUGUUAAAUAAAGCUAUUAGUGUCAUUAAAAUUCAAAAGGUA